AUGCUCCCGCAAAUCUCCGGUGUUCAGGUGCAGCAACUCUUCGAAACAACCACCGGGGGGCCGUCGGAUAAUCCGCACGCCCUCCCGCACCUGCGGAACGGGCUCUCGUACCCCCACCGCCCCAACUACCACCAAUCUAGGACCUCUCAAGAAGCUCUGAACGGGGAGACUCUGCCUCCUGUCCACCCGCCCAACCACCACCGAGCUCUCAACGGCUCCGCAGGCUCCGGCUCCGGCCUAACCACCACCUCCACCCCACUCUACAAGACCAAACAUCUCUCUCCCAGCGAGGCUCUCCGCAUGUACGGGAGCAAGUUGAACCUCUUCGAGAAACAAGAGAUCCUGUCGUUCCCCCAGGUCUAUUUCAUAGGCCAGCACGCCAAGAAGAGAGAAGGGGUACCAGGAGGCCCCAAAAACGCGGGCUACGAUGAUGACCAAGGCAGCUACCAGAUGGUGGUGCACGACCACGUUGCAUACAGAUACGAGGUGCUCAAGGUUUUAGGAAAAGGUAGCUUUGGGCAAGUCCUAAAGGCCUACGACCACAAGACGCAGCAGCAUGUGGCGCUAAAGGUGGUCCGCAACGAGCGGAGAUUCCACCGGCAGGCGAACGAAGAGAUCAGGAUCUUGGAGCACCUCCGAAAGCAAGACAGGGACAACACACACAACAUAGUCCACCUCCUAGACCACUUCACCUUCCGCAGCCACGUCUGUCUCACGUUUGAACUCCUCUCUAUCAAUCUCUAUGAGCUCAUCAAGAAAAACAAGUUCCAGGGCUUCAGCCUGGCCCUCGUGAAGAAAUUUGCCCACUCCAUUCUCCUAUGCCUCGAGAACCUCCACCGCAACAGAAUCAUCCACUGCGACCUCAAACCUGAAAACAUCCUGCUGAAGCAGCUCGGCCGUAGCGGGCUAAAGGUGAUUGAUUUCGGCUCAAGCUGCUACGAGCACCAACGAAUCUACACGUACAUCCAGAGUCGAUUCUACCGUGCACCCGAGGUCAUCCUUGGUGGAAAGUAUGGGAUGCCCAUUGACAUGUGGAGUCUCGGGUGCAUCCUUGCCGAAAUGUUGACCGGUUACCCGUUGUUCCCUGGAGAAGAUGAGAUGGACCAGCUCUCGUGUAUGAUGGAGGUGCUCGGGAUGCCUCCUGCUAAGAUGCUCGAAAACUCCAAGCGGACACGCAGCUUCUUUAGCUCCAAGGGCUACCCCCGCUAUUGCACAGUGACCGUUAACCCCGACAAUUCUGUAACGUUUGGCGGGAACCGGUCGAGAAGAGGCAAAUACAGGGGUCCCCCCGAGAGCAAGGAGCUGAGUCGAGCGCUCAAAGGCUGCGAGGACCCUCUCUUCUUGGACUUUCUCCGGCAGUGCCUCAUCUGGGACCCGGCCCUACGACUCACGCCGGGCCAGGCUCUCAGACACAACUGGCUGCGUCGCAAGCUCCUCCGGGCACCGCACGACAGCCUUUCACAGAACACUCCGGGGACAACGCAGCCAUCUAGUCGACUGCCCCCCACAGGACUCCCGAACGGAACUGGGAGAGUGGGGGAUGGUGGGGCAGGGUAUCGAAGGAUGAGACACUCUCACGGACAGUUUGGGUCGGGCACAAUCCACACUCAAUCUCCCAGUCUGGAAGGCGGCAGUGGCGAGCGGACAGUGCUGCCAAACAUCAUUGGCCGGUAG